AUGGAUCAUCAGUCCCUCCUCAGAUUUGAUGUGAGUCCUAGCCGUGAACCAAUCCUACAACAACAGUUACAACAAGACAUUGACAUGCCUUCUUGGUUCUUCAUUGAUUUUGAAUUCAUCAACACAAUUUUCCCAUGGGAUUCUUUUCGUAAUACCAAUGUGUACGAUGAAACAGACAAUGUAUAUCUUACGAUUCCUACUGAACUCUUAUGUAAUUGUACGGAUAACGAUAAUAAAAGUGUUAUGUAUGACAUAUUUUCCUUCGUGUCUACCAACAUAUUAGACACAAUUUUACCGGAAUUGGAAGAAUGUGCUAAACAAAUGGUUGCAGAGAAUCAUGAAGAACGUGAAUUUUUGGAGAUGGAUUUGUUGAUUCAUAUUAGCACAAUAAACAUGGUAGGUGAAGAAAAUCAGAAUGAUAAUGGUCAAGCUCAACAAAUUGUGGAUUUGUUGGAGAAAUAUUCAAUUGAUUAUCUUUCUUCCGACUCGACUACAGAACAAUGUUCAAUUUGUUUGGAGGAGUUUGGGACUAGUUCAGAACCAGUUUCUACAAAAUGCUCGCAUGUUUUUCAUAAAGAGUGCAUGGUUCCUUGGAUCCAAAGAUGCAUCGACUGUUCAUCUUUUUAUUCUUGUCCAUUAUGUCGAGGUCAAAUAAUAUGA